CCUCAUCAAAACAAUGUCUACAUCGUCACGACAGUCUACCCUCGAUUAUCUCAUUCCAUUGACUUCCAGGGGCAGCACUCGACGGGCUGGAACGGCAAGGCCCACCACCACGGCCACGAGUGUCGCCUCGCAGGACAUUGUCUGUGCUGUCAGUGAAUCACGGGGAGUAUCGUCCACCGUUGGACUUGCAUUCGUGAACUUGGCCACUGCCGAGGUGGUUCUGUGCCAGAUAUGUGACAGUCAAACUUACGUCAAAACCGUCACCAAGAUUGGCGUCUUCGAGCCAAAUGAGAUCUUAUUCAUGAAUACCGCCAAGGAGUCCAAGCUGCGCUAUAUCAUCGAAGAGAACCUACCCGAGCCAAUCUUCACAUUCGUGGAUCGCAGGUGCUGGUCUGAUAAAGCUGGUCAUGAGUACCUUGAUCGCCUUGCCUUCCCAGACGAGGUGGAUUCUCUCAAGGUGACGCUGGGUAGGAACUAUUUUGUUGCUUGUGCUUUGGGGGCUGUUCUCAAGUAUAUCGAGCUGGAGCUUCAGCGGGUUUUCGCCUCUCAUUCUCUCCGAAUCAAAUUUGAACCCUCGCAAGGCUCAAUGACCAUCGACCUGGCCACGAUCAUUUCCCUCGAACUCAUCCAAAAUCUCCACAAUGCCAAGUCUAAGGAUAGUUUGUAUGGUUUACUCAAUGAGACCAGGACGGCGAUGGGAGCCAGACUACUCCGGGUCAACAUUCUCCAGCCUUCCACUGAAAGGGUAAAAUUGACCGCGAGAUACAAUGCAGUGGAAGACCUGUCUACAAAGGAGGCAAUGUUCGUAUCCGUCCGUCAGUCCUUGAAAGGCUUCAUCGAUGCGGACAGAGUCUUGACUUCGAUCAUUCUCGUGCCUACCAAGCGAACCACCCAGUACAUUGAGCAGUCGGUCAAUCAUGUGAUCAUGCUCAAGACAUAUGUAUCGGCAAUCAAGAAGGUAUAUCAGGCACUAGGUGCGGCCCAAAGUGAGAUCCUGACCACUAUUCGAGAGCUGUGUCAUCCUUCAGGCCAUCGCGCCGUCGAAGAGCUGAUCCAGAAAACGCUGAAUGAAAACGUUACAUACCAAAGCAAGCCACUAGACCUCAGGAAUCAACGCAUCUAUUGUGUGAAGGCGGGCGUCAGUAGCCUUCUGGAUGUCGCGAGGCAAACUUACAAGGAAGCCAACGCUGAUGCAGCAGAAUUGGUUACUAAACUAGGAGAAAACCUCGAUAUGCCCUUGGAUCUCAAGUACGAUAUCGCCCGCCAAUACUACAUAUGCAUUCCAACGGGGAAUCCAGAGCCACUGCCGCACAUCUUCAUCAACGUCUACCGUAAAAAGAAUCGGAUCGAGUGCCAGACCUUGGAUUUGGUCAAGCUAAAUCAAAAAAUCACGGAUGCACACAAUGAAGUGAUCAGCAUGAGCGACCAGACCGUUCAAGGGCUCCUUCAUGAUGUGUGUGCUGAAGUUGCAGGACUCUUUCGAAUCAGCGAGGCAAUCGCAAUGCUGGAUAUGCUGUCAGCGUUUGCACAACUAGCAACAAGCCACGACUACAUCCGUCCUGAAUUAACGCCCACCCUGACUAUCAAAGCUGGGCGCCACCCAAUUCGAGAACGGAUUCAUUCAAGCAAAUUCAUUUCAAACGAUGCAUGUGCCACUCCACAAACUCGAUUCCAGAUCAUCACGGGAUGCAACAUGAGCGGCAAAUCUACCUACAUCCGAUGCCUCGCCCUGAUAACCGUGAUGGCGCAAAUUGGGUGUUUCGUACCAGCACAGUACGCUUCGUUCCCAAUUGUACACCAACUCUUCGCACGUGUAGCUACCAGCGAUGAUCUCGAUGCGAACGUCUCCACCUUCGCCGCAGAAAUGCGAGAGAUGGCAUUUAUCCUGCGCCAUGUCCAGCCACGAGCAAUGAUCCUAGUCGAUGAGCUCGGACGCGGCACCAGCACGACUGACGGCCUUGCAAUUGCCGUCGCACUGGCCGAGGCCCUUCUCGCCAGUAACGCCCUGGUAUGGUUUGUCACUCACUUUCAUGAUCUCGCACGCAUCCUCUCCGAGCGAAGCGGUGUCAUAAAUUUUCACCUUGCAGCCGAUAUCAGCCCUUACGCGAACAAGAUGACAAUGCUAUACCAGGUCGCCGAAGGACCCGUUCCAGUCCGUCGAUAUGGUCUUGAGCUAGCGAAGCUAGUCGAUCUCCCACCGGCUGUUUUAGAGGUUGCCAAAACCGUCUCCGAGUGCAUGGACAGGCUCACCCAGCGUCGGAACAGCACGUCGCGCGCCGUCGUCAUAGCCCGGAAGCGUAAGUUGCUUCUCACAUUGCGGGAAGAGCUUAUACUCGCUCGGAAUAGCACGAUGGAUAGCCCAUCUCUUCGGCAGCAUCUUGUAAAGCUUCAAAACGACUUUACAUUGCGCAUGGCUGCUAUCGAUCAGGAAGUCGAACUGUGGAGUGAUGCUGAUGAUGAGAUAAUGGAGGAACAAGAAGAGGGGGGGGGGCAAUGAUUCUCAGGUGGAUUCCACUGCUCCCACUUUCCGCGCAGACCGGGCAUCUGAGGGAGUUUCGACUCGAACACACUUGCCUUCAGAUUCACUACCGAUUGAAUCUGAUUCCGAGCCUGAAACUACUGGACAUGACAGCGUUUUUUUGGUGUAAGAGACUCGAGGAGAAUCGGGCCUGUCAGCCUUACAACGGGGACUCGUUAGAAAAGUAUACAUUUCGUCCAUUGUAUGACAUUGUUAUAUAGGAAAAGGGAGAAUAACCUGCGGCUGACGACUUGAUAUACCACAUCAUUAGAAGAUGACGACAGGCUUCUAGUUAUACCAGUACCUGAAUAAACAUUACUUCAAUAUUGGAGGAACGGAGACAUUCAAAGAAACCAGUUUCAAAGAGAGAAAUUUUUGCUAAUAUACUCAUUCGUCUAUUAAGAACGCUCACAAAAUAUCCGACCGGAAUUAGGGGUAUUCAAGACCAAUCAACCAAAGUGGAACAGGGUCUGCUUGCCCUUCUUCUUUUUUCCCUUCUUCCCAUCGCUAGGCUCGUCAUCAAAGUCAUCUGCUGGCUCGGCUGGAGACGCAAGACCAGAAGACGGAUUUGAUCCC